AUGGAGGACAUCCCAGUGGACCCGGAUUUCUACCUGGAAACUGGUGGUGCAAGCACAACUCCGUUGGACUUUCAGUCAGAGACCACCUCUCUUGCAUCCUCGAUCGCGAGAGGAAGGUUUGAAAACGGGCGACGAUACCAAGCCACAAAAGAUGAUGAUUACUGGGGUCCUUCUGAUGAGAAGCAAUUCGAAGCGUUCGAGAUUGGCCAUAUGGUGUUCCUUGUGUUAGAUCACUACCAGGAUAACCCUCUAUUUCGUGCGCCUAUCGGUGAUUUUCCUAAGCGCAAUACAGCAUAUUCUAGACAUCGGAACUGGUCAAGGCAGUUGGGCAAUGUUAUGAUGUUGCCGAUAUGUAUCCGUCAGCUACCGUUCGUGGUGUGGAUCUCUUCCCCCCCACCUGUGACAUGGAUGCCGCCCAACUGUAUCUUCGAAGUAGAUGAUGUGCUUCGUGAGUGGACAUGGAGAGAGCCAUUUGACUUUAUUCACAUACGCCUGAUGUAUGGCGCCUUCCCUCCAGAGGGGUGGGACCAGCUAUACAAACAAGCUUACGCUGCCCUUGAACCCGGAGGCUGGAUUGAACAAAUGGAAUUUGACGUGCGAGUCCGCAGCGAUGACAUGACCUUAAAAGAGGAACAUCAGCUCUCGAAGUGGGGUAACAUAUUCAUUAAAUGUGCUGAGCGAGCCGGGCGGUCACUUAACAUUCACGAAACGAUGCGCAGUGCAAUUGAGGAAGCCGGAUUCGUGGAAGUGCACGAGAAAAAAAGCAGGGUCCCUUUGGGAGCUUGGCCUAGGGACAAGGUACUGAAGGAGACCGGACGACUUCAGUAUGCUCACUGGAACGCUGCUUUAGAGGGCUGGGCGAUGUGGCUUCUGACCCAUUUUGGAGAGCCUGAGCCGUGGACGGAGGCGGAGGUGCAGGUGUUUUUGGCUAAAGUGCGUAACGAGCUGAAAAAUCCGCAUAUUCAUGGGUAUAACUGGAUCAACCGGGUGUGGGCAAGGAAACCAACAGAAGAGGAACUGUCAUCGAAAAAGAGAUUGUUUUGA